AUGGAAAAUCAGAAACUAAGGAAAUUACUGAAUGUGUUAAUAGCAGCUUCUUUUCUUGUCACAAAGUGCGCAGGAGGCGAUGAUGCCUUUAACAAGGAGUUCAAUAGUGUUGGGGCGUCUUCUGGUGCAAAGAGAAAAGCCGUUGAGAUAGAAGGGCUAAUCGGCACACUCCUCCAGCCGUCCAUGCCGGAUCAUAAGAGACAGAAAAAAGGAAAAAAGACAUUAAACGACAAAACAUCGCCGCUGCAGAAAGAGGUUGAAAUCACGCUGGAAGACAGCGAGGAGGGAAGCCAGAGCCCUGGAACAUCGCAGCCCAACAGGAAAUAUAAUAAAAAAUACAAUAAGAUAAAUCUAAAAGAUUUCGACAUCGAUCUGUGGAACAAAAGAAAACUGGAAAAUAAGAGAAGAGUGGGAUACAAGCUGAACCACAGAUCAAUAUACAUAGAGGAAAGCUCUGACGAUGUGAUACUCCUCGAAGUGAAAGAGGAGCUCUACCAGAGCAAGCUCAAGUGGACCAUUAAAAACUUUGCUACAGAACUGGCCCAUCUAAUAGAAAAAAACGCAAUGUGGUAUUUCAUUGCAUGCAACUCCUCAAACAUAAAAACAAAGUACAAAGACCUUAUGGGGCUGGUAGAGCUGCUGAAGGAUGAUGGAAACGCAGAGAUUAGGGAAACAUUGGAGGGCUUUACUGGAUACUAUCCAAAGCUGUUUGAAGAUAUGAUGGCAUACAUCAAUGCGCACAAGCCCAUGCGAACUCUCAGAUACUCCCCUCUGACUUCUUGGACAGAAAAGAUAGGCGAUAUCUAUAUAAGGAAAACUCUUGAGCCAAACUACUGCAUGCCUGACGAACAGGAGGAAAUCUCCCAAAUAAACAAGAGAUACCACACGCUAGCCUAUGCUGUUCGCAUGAUCCUAGCGCUGCCUGAGGUAUGCCAAGACUUUUCCAAGAUUACGGCAGUUUUUAUAACAACGGUCAACACUCCCACAAAAAGAGUCCUACUGAGCAUAAAAAAGAUGGUGCACAUGAAUAUAAACAAAAUAGUAGACGAAGAGGUGUACGAGGCUCUCUAUAAAAAUCUUGAAGUUGUGCUUUGGGAGAAGAAAAUGGGAGAGAUAACGGUCCUUGAUCUGUACAGACAGAUAUACAAGAUUCUCGGAGACUUCUACAAAGUAGCACCCGUGUGUGACAGAGAGACUGAACACAUUCUAACAGGAAAGAACGUGAUAGUAAACCAAGAUUACACAAAAUGCGAGAUGACAGUGAAGCUGCCAACAAAAGACUCAGACAGAAAGGUCAACAGUCUUAUAUACUCGUCUGUGAUGAACAAAUGGAAUGUUUCGUCUACCAUAGAAACACACUAUCACAUAUACUACAUAGACAAUACUUCAAGCCAGCCGAUAUGUAUGUGCAUGCCUAUGUACGUGGAUGAGAAUGGAAAAGAAGACUAUUUGCUCUCGAUUGACAGCAUAGUGCAGCAUAUAAAGAUGCUGUACAGGAUAGAAGAAAAGUCAGAGGAUGUCUAUCCGUUUAAGCUAAGGAAAGAGACAGGACAAUGGUCUUAUGUCAGGAAAGAAGAGAGGAAAAAAACAGCAAAAGAGCUCGUAGGAUACGAAGUUGUUUUCUAUCGCAUUGAGAAAGGAGUAGCAGAAGGAAAGUUCACAUUUGCAGAGUUUUGGCCUUUUAAGUCCCACGCAGAGGGCAGUGUUUGCAUCCCGCUCUUCCUUACGCCUCUGAUGCAGGCUGCUGUGGAGCUAGGGCCUUUUGCCAUCGAGGGGAAGCACACAGAGCUAGACUCAAUAGAAUUUGAAAACAGAAAGCCAGAUGUGUAUAAAUAUGACAAGAAAAAGCACGGCAGCAAAAAAUGUGCUAAUGUGCAGAAUUACUACGCCAAUUUAUACUUACUCCCAGAUGAGGAUAAAAGAGCAAAUAUAAACUGCUACAUCAUGGACUGCAAGGCGCCUGAAGAGGAAGAUAGCACUGUUAAGGCUGUGUGGUACAUAAAAAUCCCCAGGAGUGUGGGUGAGUACACACACUGCAUGCCAGAUGACACUUUUAAGAAAGAAAAGAAUUUGAGGAAAAUAAGCGCGCUUGCUGAAAUAAUAGAGUCAAGAGAGUACAACAAGGACAGCGAGUUUCAAAGCUUCUGGCUAAGUGGCAACAUCGGAGAAGAGACUAAACCAAAUGAACAAGCACAGAUCAUACACAAUUGGAUUGUGCGGAAGAAGGGAGAGAAGAUGGAUGGUGAAGACAGCCCAGAAAAAAUCAGAAAAAAAAUUGAUAAGGCAAAAGAAAAGCUGAAAGAAGAAGAGAAAAGACAGGAAAGUAUAGAAAACAUAGAAAGCAACGAUCUGCGGGAUAUAAAACUGCAGAAGAACGCAGCAGCCUUUGGAAAGUGUUUUGCAAAGAGAAGGAUGAAUGAUCUAAAGAGAACACUGCUUAUAAAACUGUCUAAAAGACCCACUCUACAAACCGAUCUCAUAGUGUUCCGAAAUGUGAACAGCACAAAGUCCAACCUGGGAGCACACAAUGAGAUUUUUGACACCCUGAUCUCGCUCUACAACCGGCCGGUUUAUGUUAAAACUCAAUAA